GAGAAGAUCUCGCUGAAACUGAUGGAUCUGAGGACGUCGGCGGUGCUUGGCUCCAUGGCGGCGGUGGUAGAGAUGGCGACAAACGGAUUUCACCCAGUCCUUCUUGUAUGGCGCUGCCAUCAUCGGAGUCGGAACUGGUCGAUCGCCCUCGCCUUGGGCUGACGAUGCUUCAAGGCCGCAAGCACCGCUCCGUGUCAGCCCUCGUCCCUGGUGAAGACACCCGACGCAAGAUCAACUCGAUGAUCCGAGUGGGCGUUCGCAAGGCCCGGGAAGAAGCCCUCGCCCCGGCGGUCAAGCGACUCCUCGAAAGCGGUGGCGACAUCUGGCUGCGCCGAGCCAUGGUGCGGCCGCCGCGCGUCCAAGUCGGUGACCUCUUUGUCUCGCUGGAGGAAGCUCGGACGCUCUUUGCCAUUCACAUCGUCGUGUUUGGUGCCGCUGUCCCGGCCCUCGAGCAAAGCGUCGUCCGAUUCAUGAGCAGCCUCCCGCAUGACAUGAGCCAUGGCAACGAAGAAAAGGUUUUGUCCGGACGUAGACCAGGACAGCGGCCCAGACACCAAAUGGCGACCCCCAGCACACGCCUCGCUGGACCAGCCAAGCGCACGCGCACAGCCCUCGCCCAUCUUCGCCAGCAGGUCCAGUGCAUCGACGGGCAGCUGGAAUUGCUUCAUGCCCAGCGCUCCGACCUCUGUGCUCAGAUCGAGCAGCUCUGCGAGUAGGAACAGAUCAAUACAUCGUUUUUUUCUGCCGUA